CGGUACGCGUAAAUCUAAGCUGAACAUAGCCAACAAUCUUGGUCCUUACACGAAUCUGUAGUGUAGCUGUCCAUACGCGACUUCAUCACCAUGUCUGGCAAAAAAGCAAAGGGGAAAUCCGACAAUUCGUUGGAAAAGGAGGACGUUCUCCAAGCAGUUGUUAUUGCAGAUAGCUUCAAUACUAGGUUUUCUCCUGUAAGCCUGGAAAAACCGCGAGCAUUGCUUCCUCUGGUGAACUGUCCAAUCAUUGACUACACGCUGGAGUUUCUUGCAACCAACGGUGUUCAGGAAAUAUUUGUCUUCUGCAGUUCACAUUCCAACCAAAUCAAACAUCAUGUUGAAACUUGUAAGUGGAAUGAGAAGACCUCACCAUGCCAUGUCUUCCCUGUUGUAUCAGAGGGAUGUCAUUCUUUAGGAGAUGCUCUGAGGGAGAUGGAGAGAAAGUCACUGAUCAGGUCUCAUUUCAUCCUUGUGACAGGAAACCUAGUCUCCAAUCUCAAGCUUAAAGAUGUCCUAGAAAUGCACAAGAAAAGAUUCCAGAAGGACAAACUCUCAGCAAUCACUCUUGUCUUCAAAGAGGUUUAUCCAGGUCACAGGUCAAGGUCAAGUGAGGGGGAAUUUGUAGUUGCCUUGGAUACCAAUCAACAAAUUAGUCACUACCAAAAGGUCCAGAAGAAGAAGGAGGUUCAUUUUCCAGCAAGAUUAUUUAAAGAGAACAGUAGAGUGAAUGUGCGAUAUAAUCUACUCAACACUCAUAUAUGCAUCUGUUCACCAAGGGUAUCAGAGCUCUUUGUGGAUAAUUUUGAUUACCAAACCAUGGAUGAUUUCAUCAAAGGAGUCUUAGUUUCUGAAGAGAUUGAAGGUAAUAAGCUGUUCAUGCACAUCAUACAGGAUGACUAUGCAGGAAAUAUGUCUAAUCUUCCUCUUUAUGAUUCCAUUAGCAAAGAUGUGAUCCAUAGAUGGGCGUUUCCCAUGGUACCUGACAACCUCUCCGUUAGCAAUGCUCCGUAUUCAUUAUCAAGGCACAAUGUUUACUUAGCGAAGGAUGUCACAUUAGAAAGAGACUGUGUUCUAGAAGAAGAUGUUGUGAUUGGUCCAGGUACCCAUAUAGGAGUUAACACAAGAGUUUCACAGUCAGUUAUUGGCAGAAACUGUAAGAUUGGUGACAAUGUAGUUCUUGAAAAUGCUUAUAUUUGGGACAAUGUGACCAUUGAAGCUAAUUGUCAAAUCAGUAUGGCUCUAUUGUGUGACAAUGUACAUGUGAAAUCAGAGGUUACAGUUCAUGAUGGAUGUGUCCUUUCAUUUGGGGUGAAAGUUGGCCCACAGGUGACACUCCCUACAGGCACCCUACUCACAAGGAUCCCACCCUCAGCUCAGGGAGAGGAAGGGGAUGAAUUCAACGACACCAGCCCGAGGGAGGGGGAAACACCAGGGACGGGGCCGAUUGUUGAGGCCUACAUUGAUAGGGGGUUGGUGGGUGAGGAGGGGGAGGGCUAUGUGUGGAAACUAGAUUCUGAUGAGGAUGAUGAUGAACUGGUCCAGAAAAUGCUUGGCUUGAAUCUUACACCAGAAGGAGAAGAGGAUGAGGAUGAAGAAAGUGAGGAAUCAGAUGAUGAUCUGGAUGAUGAUGGUCUGUCUCCUCCUGCUUCUCCUCCUCCUGAUGAUACUAAACUGUUCUAUGGUGAAGUACUGGACAGUCUCCAGCGUACCAUCGAGGAGAACAUCAAAGUUGAUAACGUGAUCCUUGAAAUUAAUUCCUCAAAGUAUGCCUAUAACAUUGCCAUGCAUGAACUGAUAUCAUUAGUCAUGAAAGCUAUUUUGGAGAUGCCACAGCUGAAAGCAUCGGGUUCCAUGACAUCACAACAGCUACUGUUAGCCAUCAAGAAGUUGUUUGUGAGAUUAAAACCACUCUUCACUAAUUACAUCAAAGGCGCUGAAUCUCAGAAGGAUUGUCUCAAUGCUCUAGAGGAUUACAGUAUGCUGAAUGAAUCAACUGCCGCCAUCUUUGCCAAGCUGGUUCACCAUCUCUAUGACGCAGACAUCUUGUCUGAAGAAGUCAUUCUCAAAUGGUACGGAAGAAUGGACCAGGAUGCAGAUGCAAGGAGACGUGAUGUUAGGUCAAAGCUUGCUCCAUUUAUCACUUGGCUUCAAGAGGCAGAAGAAGAGAGUGAUGAGGAAAGUGAUUAAAUGAUGAACCACUUAUUGACUAGUAUCAUCUUUAACAGGUGUUAGUGUUGGUGGUGUUGUUGCGAGCGAGGAUCCAGAUGCUGAUGUGAACUUGAACAUGGAGUUUUUAAAAACACUAAUCCUGUUACACCAACUGUUUUACAUGUACUGUUUCUACAAUGAGUGUAAGACGAGUAAGACAGCACUCAUGUUGUCAAAACCCCACCACUGAAUGCUGUCAACCGACCACACAGAUGUUGUACACUGCAGCUGAUGUUGAAGAUUUUUAAAAUGCCCCCUAUGGCUGAAAUUCUUGCAGGUGAUUCUCAGCUCUCUCAAAAUAGAAUGCAUUGAAUAAAUGUUUCAUUUUUGUCUCACCUGCAUAGCAGAGAGACUAUAAGCGCCGCUUUUCCGACGGCGGUGGCGUCAACACCAAAUCUUUUGAAAUGUCAUCAUAACUUAGAAAAUAUAUGGACCUAGUUAAUGAAACUUGGACAUAAGGUUAAUCAAGUAUCACUGAACAUCCUGCAUGAGUUUCAGGUCACAUGAUCAAGGUCAAAGGUCAUUUAGGGUCAAUGAACUUUCCCCAAAUUGAGGGUAUUUCUUGAAUUACCAUCAUAACUUUGAAACUUUAUGGAUUUGAUUCAUGAAACUUGGACAUAAUAGUAAUCAAGUAUCACUGAACAUCCUGUGCAAGUUUCAGGUCACAUGAUCAAGGUCAAAGGUCAUUUAGGGUCAAUGAACUUUCCCCAAAUUGAGGGUAUUUGUUGAAUUACCAUCAUAACUUUGAAAGUAUGUUGGUCUAGUUCAUAAAACGUGGACAUAAGAGUAAUCACUGAACAUCCUGUGCACAUUUUGGGUCACAUGACCAAGGUCAAAGAACUUUGGCCGAAUUGGGGGUAUCUGUUGAAUUACCAUCAUUAUAACUUUGAAAGUUUAUGGAUCUGAUUCAUGAGACUUGGACAUAAUAGUAAUCAAGUAUCACUGAACAAUGUGAAUAUCCUGUGCAAGUUUCAGGUCACAUGAUCAAGGUCAAAGGUCAUGUGAGGUCAAUGAACUUUGGCCACGUUGGGGGUAUUUUGUUGAAUUACCAUCAUAUCUCUGUAAGUGUAUUGGUCUAGUUCAUAAAACGUGGAAAUAAGAGUAACCAAGUAUCACUGAACAUCUUUUGCGAGUAUGCUAAAUUUUAACUAAAGGAUCAUGUACGAGGUGGUAAAAAGAAGAAAAAAAGAAAAAAAAUCAUCUUGUUUACCCCAUGACUCGAACCUGCGCCCCCGAGAACGCAAGUCAAGUGCGUUAUCCAUUGAGCCACGAUAUAAUAUAAAACGAAAAAUAAAGGCAAUAGCUCAGAAAGAGUAAGCCCUAAGCUACAUCAUAUCGAAAAUUGACCAAUAUUCACGGUGUUAGAGCCAAACUGCAUAAAUUUGAUGACAUAAUUUUUGAAAAAAUGAAAUUUUCAGUUUAGGCGCGAUUUUGAUGACGUCAUGAUCAAAUUGAGGGACACUGGUGACAUGAAAUUAAAUCUACAACUCAUACUCUAUUGAUAUAUGAAAAAAAAAUUGGGGGUCAACGGACUAUUUAAAGAGCUACAGUGAAUUUUUAAUAGGCAUGUGUUUGCCCAUAUAGAGCCUAUAGUGAUAAUUUCGUUAUUAAUGGUCGUAGAAGGUUGAUCAAGGUAUCAAUUAUAUUAUCAAUGCAAUGAUAUUAAAAAGAACGGUGUUUCUGCGUUGCGUUAAGGCAAAUUUUUGAAAUGCUUAGAAUGACCUAAAACGUACUCUACUUUGGUCAAAAAGUGAUUUUGAGCAUUUUGAAAUUUUGAUGCGUGCGUACGCACCCGUCAUGACCUCCAGGAGACAUUUGAUGACUUGACCUGAUGACUCUUGACCUGAAGUUGAUGUGAUGUAAAUUUGAUUGAUUUUUGAUAAUUGAUAAUGGAGAUAUGAUUGAUAAUGUGACUUUACAAAAUGGUGUCUAGAUGACGUCAUCAUGUUCUGAUGAUCUUGAAAAGCUUAUUUUGGCGUUUCCAUGACAGAUCCAAUUGAUGACCUGAAAUUCAAUGAAAUUGACACUGUCAAAUUUGAGAUAUCUUGGCGACAAAUAUGUAGCCAUUAAAAAUAAAUAAAAAUAAAAAAAUAAUAAAGAAAAUCCUGAAGAAAUUAAGAGGUAAUCUGUCACAGACAGACCACCUAAUUACAGAACAAGUGACAAUUUAUCCCAACCACGUAAAGUUUAUCUUCGGUGCGUAUCGUCUGCUGCUAUUCAUUGAGUUGAUUUGCCUUCAGGUUCGGAUAUAUUCAUUUGUUUGAAAGUACAGUUAUAUCAUUAUUUUCCUUCUUUAGAGUAAAUAUUAUUGACAGAGGGAAGAGACUCUGUAUGGAGGUCAGGCUGGAAUUCACUUUCAUGGAUUUAUUUUGGCCCACGGUACGUGCAGCUAGCAGCUGCAUGAGUUGGUAGCGAAUCGGCAUGCAAGUUGAAUUGUCCGACUCAUGAUCAUCAUAGGCUUAAUUCCCCUAAUUUACCUCCAUCCACGUUACUAGAGCUAAAAAAUUCAUCAUCAUUCUCUUCAUCUUCAAAAUCAUCAAUUUGAAAAUCCCAAAUCCAGAAAAACUUCUGGGUUUUCUUUCAUUUUGUGAUUGAAGUAUUCAGUGACAGUAUGGAGGAAAUAUACCCUCGCAACAGGUUUUGCAUGCAAGUGGAGCUUGCCGUGGGAGAGCCAAUCACGUCUCUCGUACACUCAUACACGUCAUCAAAUUCAAAUCAAUUCAGAGACCGAUGGGAGGCGUAUUUCAGCGCUUUUUAAUUGGCGAUUUCCACCUUAUGUAUUACUUUCAUUAUUUUUGAAUGACCAAAUGAUAAUCCCCAUAUCAUUACCUUCCCACUGAUAUUUACAUGUAAUAAGGCCAUAUUCAUAAUCAAUAUAUUUCUCCUUUAACUAGAUGUAUUCAUGUUUUGUUCUUUCCACCUCAUGACUAUCACAAAACUUCAUGAAUGUUUUCAAAACUCCAUUGAUGAUAUAUCCAAAGUUUAUCAGUCUCACUAGCUCUUAAGAAAGUGUUGUAACUCUCAAAGUAACCUUGAUUGUGAUUGGCUGCUGAGCCCUGUUACCAUGCAGGCGCGUAGCCAGGGGGGAGCGGUGGGGGCGGUCGCCCCCCCAAAACGUCCCC